AUGCAGGGCCGCGUGGCAGGGAGCUGCGCUCCUCUGGGCCUGCUCCUGGUCUGUCUUCAUCUCCCAGGCCUCUUUGCCCGGAGCAUCGGUGUUGUGGAGGAGAAAGUUUCCCAAAACUUGGGGACCAACUUGCCUCAGCUCGGACAACCUUCCUCAAUUGGCCCCUCUAACUCUGAACAUCCUCAGCCCGCUCUGGACCCUAGGUCUAAUGACUUGGCAAAGGUUCCUCUGAAGCUCAGCAUGCCUCCAUCAGCAGGAGGUUCUGCAGUGCAGAGGUGGCCUCCAUCCGGGGGGCUGCCUGCCAUGGAUUCCUGGCCCCCUGAGGAUCCUUGGCAGAUGAUGGCUGCUGCGGCUGAGGACCGCCUGGGGGAAGCGCUGCCUGAAGAACUCUCUUACCUCUCCAGUGCUGCGGCCCUCGCUCCAGGCAGUGGCCCUUUGCCUGGGGAGUCUUCUCCCGAUGCCACAGGCCUCUCACCCGAGGCUUCACUCCUCCACCAGGACUCGGAGUCCAGACGACUGCCCCGUUCUAAUCCACUGGGAGUCGGGGGAAAAAUCCUUUCCCAACGCCCUCCCUGGUCUCUCAUCCACAGGGUUCUGCCUGAUCACCCCUGGGGGACCCUGAAUCCCAGUGUGUCCUGGGGAGGUGGAGGCCCUGGGACUGGUUGGGGAACGAGGCCCAUGCCACGCCCUGAGGGAAUCUGGGGUAUCAAUAAUCAACCCCCAGGUACCAGCUGGGGGAAUAUUAAUCGGUAUCCAGGAGGCAGCUGGGGGAAUAUUAAUCGGUAUCCAGGAGGUAGCUGGGGGAAUAUUCAUCUAUACCCAGGUAUCAAUAACCCAUUUCCUCCGGGAGUUCUCCGCCCUCCUGGCUCUUCUUGGAACAUCCCAGCCGGCUUCCCUAAUCCUCCAAGCCCUGGGUUGCAGUGGGGCUAG